CUCCCACUGGCAUUUGGCUAGAAACUGCUCAGUGUGCAAAGCGUGUGUAUUUUGCGCUGAAGUUAUUCCUGGAUAGGCGUUUCUAUUAAAAUUAUUCUUAAGGAUGUACAGCUCGCACAGGACCACCGUUUCCUUCCUAGUCGCUCUCUUCAGCAUAGCCGGCACGAUCAAUUUCAUAGAAGCUGCCCGAAACAACAGACAUGUUACCUGCGGAACAGUACUCAAGCUGGUCAACACGGACUACAAGGUGCGAUUACACUCGCACGAUGUCAAGUACGGUACGGGAUCGGGCCAGCAGUCGGUGACGGCUACCGAGCUGCAGGAAGACGUUAACAGCCACUGGGCAGUGAAGGCUGCGACGGGCAAACAUUGCGAACGAGGGGAACCAGUAAAGUGUGGCGACACGAUACGUCUGCAUCAUCUGGCCACGAACAAGAAUCUGCAUUCUCAUCACUUCCAGAGCCCGCUGUCCGGCAAUCAGGAAAUCUCAGCCUAUGGCGAUGAGCACGGGGAAGGCGAUUCCGGUGAUCACUGGCUGGUGGUAUGUUCCGGCGAUAGCUGGGUACGGACGAAUCCGGUCCGGUUGCAGCACAUCGACACCAACAUGUAUCUCGGCGUGUCCGGACGCACCUUCGGCCGGCCGAUCAACGGCCAGAUGGAGGUGAUUGGCCUGCCGAACCCGUACUCCGGCACGGAAUGGAUCGCCGCCGAGGGUUUGUUUAUCCAUCCGACGGAAAAGGACAGUGGUGCGCACGUUCACACCGAGCUGUAAAGGCGACCGCGGAUGCAAAACCGGGUGUGCACACAUUGCAUGACUUCUUUUAUUUAUUGCCGAUAAUGGCCGGCACUGUAGGAAGGUGCAUGGGGAACUAGGAUGGACGGAAUGGAAUUUGUACGGUUGACUAUUCGAAAAAAGGGGUAGAUUGCUAGCGAACAAUAGCUACAGUUUGUGCGGAAAUAUAAAAUUGUGGUUCAAAAUACCA